CAGUGAAAUCUUAGAAACCCUAGUUCUAUAUGUAAUAUACUGUCUCCCAAAUUGGUCUUUGGUUAGGGCUCAGUUUUUUGAGUUGGAGCAGGCAGGGGAGGUAGUGGGAGCAGCGGUAGGAGCAGAGGGAGAGUCGAUCAGGUGCCAUGGUGCUCAAAACAGAAAUUUGCCGUUUCAGCGGCUCGAGGAUUUACCCUGGGAAAGGCAUCAGAUUUGUGCGCUCAGAUUCACAGGUUUUUCUAUUCAUGAAUUCUAAGUGCAAACGAUAUUUCCACAACCGUUUGAAGCCAUCCAAGUUAACCUGGACGGCAAUGUAUAGAAAGCAGCAUAAGAAGGAUACUCAUGCUGAACUUGUCAAGAAGACAAGACGCAAGAAUACCAAGCCCUAUUCAAGGUCUAUUGUGGGUGCUUCUUUGGAAGUUAUCCAGAAGAAGAGGUCUGAGAAGACAGAAGUAAGGGCUGCCGCUCGUGAAGCUGCUUUGAGAGAAAUUAAAGAAAGAAUAAAGAAGACCAAAGAUGAGAAGAAAGCUAAAAAGGCCGAGAAUGUUUCAAAGUCUCAGAAGACACAAACCAAGCAGCCCAAGGCUGCAAUGCCGAAAGGUCCUAAACUUGGUGGUGGAGGUGGAAAGCGGUGAAGACAAAGUUGUAACUUCUAGUUAUUUCUUGGAGAAGUAAUUGUUGCAGUAGUUUUGUUAUUUUGCCAAACCGGUUACAUUUUUAAAUGAUUUUGAGAAUUUAUUUUGAAAAUCCAUUUCUUUCUGAUUUUCAAGUUUAGAAGGUGAUAUUCAAACCAAUCUAUCUUUUUGUCUCGUGGAUUUUAAUUACAAGAUAAAUUAAAUUGACGAGUAUUUUUAUUG